GUGAAGGUUUGUCUUCAACUCAGAACACCUCGACAUCUGUAAAGUUACGUCGUGGCACACGUCGACUUUAUUACCGUGUGGUUAGUUUAGCAUUUCUUUGUGUUUUAUAUUAUUUUCACAUGUUCAUUCUGCACAUACUUAUGAUAGAAUAUCGGUAAACAUUUCACUUUACGUUCUAUGAUUUCCAUCUUAAAAACUUAGUUAUGUACAUAAGGCAAUAAUACAGUGCGCCUCGGCUUUGAAAGUUUGUUUGGUCAUUUGGGACGCAGCUUUACGCAUCGCAUGUUACAUUGCGCAUGGAUUUCUCAAAACAUAAUAAAACUACAAAAUACCAACGUUUGACAUUCGCAUUUUGAGUUUACAAGCAGCGAAAGAGCGCAGUGAAAGCGGGCAAACAGCGAUGCCGCAACUGUGCCGAGUCUCCAGUAUUAACUUUCGCUGUCUUGCUUCUAAUCAAACUCUUACUUUCCGCUGUAUCUAAUUCCAUAUUUUCAAUUCCUGAUCAUUACUUUCCUCUUUUUCUUGCUCUAUCUAUCUAUCCAUCCCUCCCUCCCUCCUCUUUCUCUCUCCCUCCCUCCCUCUUCCUAGCUCUCUCCUUUGCUGAAUCUUAUUGAUCCAGAAGGUGGCUAAUUAGCCCUUCCCGUCGUGCCUGUGUAAUGAAGCACAUGCGCACUGAAUUAAUCACAGCCAUUUUUUGCAGGAAACUAAUUAGCAGGAAUAAAGAUCCAAAGAGUUUUUUUCUUUUCAAUCAUCAGAUCUCACUUUCACCUCUUCCUCUCUCCCUCUAACACAAGACUCAUCGCCUGCUUUGCAUCCAAAUUAUUUUUAUAUUGCCUUUACAACUAAUACUUCGUUUUUUUACUCUCCGCAACAACAAUGAUCUUUCUUUUGCCAUCCUAAACGCAAACUGACCAAAAGGGACUGCCUUGAUGGGAUCUUUAGCCAAACCGUCUCUAUACUGGAUUAAAAAGCGAGGAUCUCAAAGCGGCAGCAAAAAAUUGCCUGGAUGCGAUGAACGCCUCAUGUAGGCUUCAGCAUGGACAGCUGUGAGUCUCCCGUGGUUUCUGGGACAGACGAUGGGCUCGGUUCCUCCGCCACCUCCCAGCAGCAGCAGCACCAACAACCACAACAACAGCAGCAGCAGCAGCAGGAACACAACCCUACACAACCCUGGAACGAGCUCUCUAGCUCACCGGUACCGCUCCCUCCCUGCAGUCAGCCACCCUCUUCUUCCCUGGAGCCCCUGUCUCUCUCUGCCCCUUACCCCUCCCAGCUCCACAGCCCCAGCGCAUCUCCAGAAGGUGUGAGCGAUCCGCAGCAGCAGCAGCAGCAGACACUGACCACAGAUCAGCCAGCCAACGACAGCUCACGGAGAGAGCGGCUCAGGGAGGACGAGCAGGAGGGAGGGAGCUGCGACGAGGACGACGAGGAGUUGGAAGACUUGGACGAGAUGGAGAUCGACAGCUGUUUCCCGAGCCUGCAGCCCUUCCCCGGCAUGGCCAUCGCGCCCAGCGGAGGCGGCAUGCCCACGCUCCUGUGCCAGCAGCCCAACCAGCGGAGGGGCGUGGCGGAGAGCGGCAGCGAGGAGGGCGAAGAGGAGGAGGAGGAGGAGUGCAGCGAUGUGGAGAACCUGGCUGGAGAGAUUGUCUACCAGCCCGACGGCUCUGCCUACAUCGUGGAGAGUCUCAGCCAACUGAUCCAAAGCGACGGGGGCAUGCCGCCCGGCCUGCUGCCCACAAACUCUCUCCCCAGCUCGGGGAAGCCGGGUGAGCCGGCCGGGACCUCGUCCUCCGUGUACCCCCAGAUCAUCAACACGUUCCACAUAGCCUCGUCGUUCGGGAAGUGGUUCGGCUCAGACCAAGGCUACCCCAAUACCUCAACCCUGGCAGGCCUCAGUCCUGUCCUGCACAGUUACCGCGUCUUCGAUGUGCGGCACAAAAGCAACAAGGAUUACCUGAACAGCGACGGGUCUGCCAAGAAGUCCUGCGUAUCCAAAGAUGUACCAAACAACGUGGAUUUCUCCAAAUUCGACGGGCUGGCCCUCUACGGCAAGGGGAAGCCCAUCCUCAUGUGUUUCCUGUGCAAGCUGUCCUUCGGCUACACGCGCUCCUUCGCCACGCACGCCGUGCACGACCACCGCAUGACGCUGAGCGAGGAGGAGCGGCAGAUCCUGGGCCACAAGCAGGCCUCCGCCAUCAUCCAGGGCAUCGGCAAGGACAAGGAGCCCCUCAUUAGCUUCCUGGAACCAAAAAAUAAGAGCUCGGCGCCCACGCCGCCCGCCCACAUGCCCGUCAACUCGGGCCAGAGCUUUUACGGCACGUUCAGCGGCGUGCACCUGGAGACGGGCAACAGCGGCGGCGGCAACGGCAGCAACAACAGCGGUGGAAAUGAGCUCCACCUCGGAAAAGACUCCGACGCGAGUCUACAGCAGCAGCAGCAGGCUCAGCUGGGCUCCCUGCUCGGCAUCGGGCCACUCGGCAGCCCCAAAACCCCCACCCUCACCUCCACCCCGGGCCCUGCCAAAGACUCCAGCACCCUGCCCAAGCUGCAGGGUGGGAGACCAGAGGGGCCCUCUGGGAAAGAGGGGACUCACAGAGGGGAGGACGGGGAAGGGGCCGGCGGCUGCGAAGGCAAGCCGCAUCUCCCAGGCAUGGAGAUGGGCUCCGAAGAGGAUGAACUCUUAGAAGAAGAGUUGGAGGACGAGAUGGAGGACGAAGGUGGUUCAAGGGCCUGCGCCGGUGGUGGCGGCAGCAGCAACAGCAUCGGCGGAAACGGCAGUGGUGGUCAAGCAGGGGAACCGGCUCUCUCAAACCAAAGCAUUUCCAAAUCUCCUUUAUUAAUGCCUAGUAGCGCUCUCCAGCCACCCAGCACCUGCCCGUCUGCAGCCAGCCCCACGCUCCUCAACAGCAAGGCGCCGGGGGCUUCCUCUUCGUCGUGCACCGGGGGCCGGGGGGCCGAGGACCUGUCGGCUUCAGAUGGUGUUGGGGGGCGAGUCCCAGAGCUCCCUCUGAGCUUUAACUGCCAGGGGCCUUCGUCGUCAUCGACGACGGGUUCCGUGGCUAUGGCGGCCACCGCCAGCAGAGGGAGCGAGGGGAACGGUGACGGAACGGCAGCAUCGGCAGUGGCGGGCAACUCCUCUUCCUCGCCUCUGGCCUCUAGCGCGGCCGCCUCAGACGAAAGUGCCAACCGCGACAGUGCCACAGCUCCAGAACCAAAUGAAUGCCCGACCGAGGGCGAGGAGGACAGCGGCAGCUUCCUGCACCACCACCACCACCUGCACCCCCACCACCACCACCUGCAAUCCUCACCGCACGCCCACGCCGGCUUCGGGGGGCACCCGCACCAGGACCUGCUGGGCCUGGGCGAGUGCUCGCAGAACCACGGGCCCAGCGGCAGCGGCGUGGAGUGCCCCAAGUGCGACACGGUCUUGGGCUCCUCGCGCUCGCUGGGCGGCCACAUGACCAUGAUGCACUCGCGCAACUCCUGCAAGACGCUCAAGUGCCCCAAGUGCAACUGGCACUACAAGUACCAGCAGACGCUGGAGGCGCACAUGAAGGAGAAGCACCCGGACUCGGGCGGCAGCUGCGCGUACUGCACCAGCGGCCAGAGCCACCCGCGCCUGGCCCGCGGCGAGAGCUACACCUGCGGCUACAAGCCCUUCCGCUGCGAGGUCUGCAACUACUCCACCACCACCAAGGGCAACCUGAGCAUCCACAUGCAGUCCGACAAGCACCUGAACAACAUGCAGUCGCUGCAGAACGGCGGCCCCAUCACCACGGACGGCGCGCAGGUGUACGGCCACGCGGGCCCGGGAGGGGUGGUGGCGGUGCCAUCGGCCUCGCAGGGCAGCGCGCACCACCAGGCGCCCCACCAACACCAACACCAACACCAUCACCACCACGCCCCCAGCCAGUCGUCUGCGGGGCACAUGGCAGGCCCCUGCGGCACGCCCUCGCCCACCAAGCCCAAGAGCAAGCCCACGUGGCGCUGCGAGGUGUGCGACUACGAGACCAACGUGGCGCGCAACCUGCGCAUCCACAUGACCAGCGAGAAGCACAUGCACAACAUGAUGCUGCUCCAGCAGAACGUCACCCAGAUGCAGCACGGCCGCCUGGGCCUGGGGGCCAUGGCCUCGCCCUCCGAGGCCGAGCUCUACAAGUACUACCUGGCCCAGAACAUGAGCCUGCCACCGGGCCUCACCAUGGACCCCACGGGCGCCGACGCCCAGUUCCUGCUCGGAGGCUUCCACCUGGACCCCAACAUGGCCGCCUUAGCUCCAGCGCUAGGUCAAUUAGGUGGAGAGCUCCCCAUGGACAUGCGCCUGGGCUCGGGCCAGCUGGUCUCCGAGGAGCUGAUGACCCUGGGCGAGAGCCUGUCCCAGACCAGCGACCCCUCCCUCAAGCUCUUCCAGUGCGCCGUCUGCAACCGCUUCACCACCGACAACCUGGAGGUGCUGGGCCUGCACAUGGGCGCCGAGCGCAGCCUGCCCGAGGAGGAGUGGCGCGCCGUGCUGGGCGACUCGCACCAGUGCAAGCUGUGCCACUACACCACGCAGCUCAAGGCCAACUUCCAGCUGCACUGCAAGACGGACAAGCACGUGCAGAAGUACCAGCUGGUGGCGCACAUCAAGGAGGGCGGCAAGGGCAACGAGUGGCGGCUCAAGUGCGUGGCCAUCGGCAACCCCGUGCACCUCAAGUGCAACGCCUGCGACUACUACACCAACAGCCUGGAGAAGCUGCGCAUGCACACGGUCAACGCCCGCCACGAGGCCAGCCUCAAGCUCUACAAGCACCUGCAGCAGCAUGAGAACGCCGUGGAGGGCGAGGCCUGCUACUACCACUGCGCGCUGUGCAACUACUCCACCAAGGCCAAGCUCAACCUGAUCCAGCACGUGCGCUCCAUGAAGCACCAGCGCGGCGAGAGCCUGCGCAAGCUGCAGCGGCUGCAGAAGGGCCUGCCGGAGGAGGAGGAGGAGCUCAGCGCCAUCUUCACCAUCCGCAAGUGCCCCUCCUCCGCCGACACCGGAGAACUGAGUGAGGAUGUGGAAGCUGCCAGUGAGAUCACUACAGACCAGGAGGACCAAACCAAAGACAGAGAGAGUGGGGGGGAGAAGGAGCUCACCAAAGGGACAGGAGCAGGAGCAGCAGCGGCGGCCGCAGCAUCAGCAGCAGCAGCUUCAGCAUCAGUGGCAGCAUCCAGCCAUUUGGAGCGAGAGAGGGAACGGGAGAGGGAGCGGGAGCGGGAAAGGGAGAGGGAGAGGGAGCGGGAGCAGUCGGAGUCCCCGGCCCCCUCCAAGCGCCCGUCUUCGAGGUCUGGGGCGGCGGAGAGCCCCCUGUCCUCCAAGAGGCCCCGCACGGCUGACAAGAGUGCUGGAGAGCAGAUGUUACAGUGCCCCUACUGCAAGUUCACCAAUACCGAUUUGAACCGGCUCAGGAUGCACGUCAUGACGCAGCACUCAGUCCAGCCGAUGAUCCGCUGCCCUCUCUGCCAGGACAUGCUCAACAACAAGGUCCACCUGCAGUUCCACCUCACGCACCUGCACAGCGUGGCGCCUGACUGCGUGGACAAGCUCAUUGCCACUGUGGCAACUACAGAAGCUUUGCCAGCAAGCAUGUUCAUACCGGUCCCCAGCCCAGAAAGGGAGGCACAAAGCACCCCGCAGUCUACAGCCAACACUGGCAGUGAUGACACAAAGAAACAGACAGAAACCUUAGACGCUGAACAUGAGAAACUUCCUCUGCCUGCAGAGGUGACCGAAAUUCGCAAGUCGCCACUGGAGGACCACCAGACUGGAAGAGGAGAGGAUGCAACCGGGUUCCUAUGCUGGAAAAAAGGCUGCAACCAGGUCUUCAAGUCCUCCAGUUCACUCCAGAUGCAUUUCAACGAAGUCCACAACAAAAGGCCUCAGCUGCCUGUCUCUGACCGACACGUCUACAAGUACCGCUGCAACCAGUGCAGCUUGGCUUUCAAGACAGUGGAGAAGCUGCAGCUCCACUCGCAGUACCACGUCAUCAGGGCUGCCACCAUGUGCUGCCUGUGCCAGCGAAGCUUCAGGUCGCUGCAGAAGCUGAAGCAGCACCUGGAAACAAGUCACCUGGAACUGAGCGAGACUGAUAUCCAGCAGCUCUAUGGAGGAUUACUGAUGAACGGAGAUCUCAUGGCUUUGGGCGACCCGACCCUCGGCGAUGACCAAGCCAUUCUGGCAGAAGAUGACAAAGAAGGAGAGGACAGUGAUGCGGAGGAAAAACAGAGUCCGACUGGUAGUGAUUCCGGGUCUCUGCUAGAGGACUCUGGAUCUGAGCCCAAGAGAGCCCUGCCAUUUAGAAAGGGUCCCAACUUCACAAUGGAGAAGUUCCUGGAUCCGUCUCGACCUUUCAAAUGCACAGUGUGCAAAGAGUCUUUCACACAGAAAAAUAUCCUGCUUGUUCAUUACAACUCUGUCUCCCACCUGCACAAGGUGAAGCGCGCGCUGCAAGAGUCCACGGCUGGACAGCCAGAGCCCACAAGCAGCCCUGACAACAAACCUUUCAAGUGUAGCACUUGCAAUGUGGCAUACAGCCAGAGCUCAACUCUAGAGAUACAUAUGCGAUCUGUGCUUCAUCAGACAAAGGCCCGAGCAGCCAAGCUUGAAGCAGCAGGUGGGAUUCCAACCUCUGUUAGCACUGGACUAAGUGGAGGGGCCUCCACAACCAUUAGCACUUCAACGCCCAGCCCAAUUCCAACCUCCAACUCCACCUCAAUCUCAAACAGCAACAGCGUCUGCUCUCCCGCACGUGUCCAGACUGUGCAGAGCAUGCUUGGGGGCAACCACCUCAGCCAGUCGCACAACACUGAAAGCCUGAGUAACUCGGCUUGUCAUCCGUCCCCUGCUGAAAACCAUGACAUGAAAAAGAAGAAGUUUGCCGACAUGCUGUCUGCUCGUAGCCACCAGCAGCAGCUCCAGCAGCAGCAGCAGCAGUUGGCCCAGGCCCAGGCUCAGGCCCAGGCCCAGCUUCAGCAGGAGCUGCAGCAGCAAGCUGCAAUUCUGCAGUCUCAGCUCUUCAACCCACUUCUGCAGCACUUCCCCAUGACGACAGACGCUCUUCUCCCACUGCAACAGCAGCAGCUGCUCUUCCCCUUCUAUAUCCCUGGAGCAGAGUUCCAGCUGAACCCAGAAAUGAAUCUGAGCAGCUCCUCUCUCGGCCUGAGCAGUCAAUCGGCUGCCGCCAUGCUGGAGGAGCAGAAGAAUUCGGCUCAGCAGCAGGCCCAGCAGAGCUGUCUCCAGCAGCAGCUGAUGCACCAUCACAUGCAACAGCAGCACCAGGCCCACUCCCAGGCCUCAAGCCAAAUGGCUCUGCUUCAGCAGAGCGCAUCGCUCUCACAGCAAGCUGAGAAGAAACCAAAGCCUCCUGUCAUCAUGAAUGAGAAAGAGCGGGAGCUUCCAAAGGAAAAGGCUGAGAGAGUUGAGAGAAUUGAGGACCACACUCCUAAAGAAAUGCCUGAAAACAUGAAACCCAAGGAGAGGAAAGACUUUCAACCUCAAUCUCAACCUCAACCUCAACCUCCGCCUCAGCCUCAGCCUCAAGCUCAACCUAGCGUGAACCAUGAUCCUGCCUUUCUUCCUCCUAGAAUCGCUUCAGAUGCCAGAGGCAACGCAACCAAAGCCCUUCUGGAGAAUUUUGGAUUUGAGUUAGUGAUUCAAUACAAUGAAAACAAACAGAAGGCACAGAAAAAGGCAGCAAGCGCUGCACCCGGCCCAGCAGCCGGCCCACCGCCUAUCAGCCGAGCUGUGGAUCACAUUGAAGGACUGGAGAAGUUGGAAUGUGAGGCAUGUGGCAAGCUCUUCUCCAACAUAUUGAUUCUGAAGAGCCACCAAGAGCACAUUCACCAGUCCUUCUUCCCAUUCAGGUCACUCGAGAGGUUUGCCAAGGAGUACCGAGAGCAGUAUGACAAGCUUUACCCAAUGAGACCCCCAACUCCAGAGGCUGCUCCCCCACCCCCACCACCUCCUCCACCUCCCCCUCCACCACCACCUCCACCUCCUCCUCCUCCGCAGAGAGCACCAACACCAAAUAUCCCUGUCUCUGCCCCUGCACUUACGCCCCCAACAGUUCCACCUCCACAGCCCUCUGUUUCCAUGCCUCAGAUGUCCAUGCCCAUGGACCUGCCUCUCUUCUCCCCUCUGAUGAUGCAGCCCAUGUCCCUUCAGUCCCUGCCCUCUCAGAUGCCUGGGCAGCUACAAUCUGUAGAGGCAGGGCUGGCCUCUGAUCUUGCACAGCUUUACCAGCAGCAGCUCACCCCGGCCAUGCUGCAGCAACAGCAGAACAAGAGGCCACGCACCCGCAUCACAGAUGACCAGCUCAGGGUCCUCCGACAGUAUUUCGACAUAAACAAUUCCCCCAAUGAGGACCAAAUCAAAGAGAUGGCAGAUAAGUCAGGGCUUCCCCAGAAGGUGAUCAAGCACUGGUUCCGCAAUACUCUCUUCAAGGAACGCCAGCGCAACAAAGAUUCUCCUUAUAACUUUAACAACCCACCGAUCACCACCCUAGAAGACAUCAAAAUAGACUCUAAACCACCUUCACCUGAGCCUCUUAAAACUGAGAGCUAUGGGAGUAAGAGAUCCUCAAGGACAAGGUUCACAGAUUACCAGCUUAGGGUAUUACAAGACUUCUUUGAUGCCAAUGCCUACCCUAAAGAUGAUGAAUUUGAACAGCUCUCUAACCUGCUUAGUCUGCCAACUCGAGUCAUUGUAGUGUGGUUCCAGAAUGCCAGACAAAAGGCUCGAAAGAACUAUGAGAACCAGGGAGAAGGCGCAAAAGACGGCGAAAGGCGUGAGCUGUCCAAUGACCGUUACAUUCGCACCAACAACCUGAACUACCAGUGCAAGAAGUGCAGUCUGGUGUUCCAACGCAUUUUUGACCUCAUCAAGCACCAAAAGAAGCUAUGUUACAAAGAUGAAGAUGAGGAUGGACAAGAGGAUAGUCAAAAUGAAGAUUCACUUGACCUUACUCAUGAGUACUACACCCCAUCCGGGUCUUCAGGCCACACUCCAAUGCCCACAUCCUCAAGCCUCUGCCCCCUUCCACCGUCCACCUCAGCUUUCUCCCACAUGACAUCCUCAGAGAAGGAAGAGGCCACCACAGCAAACACGUCCAACCCAUUAGAUGAAAAGCCCAAAUUCUCUGCUGAAACGUCCCUUGAUCGCAGAGACAGCCAGCUCACCAGCCAGCUCUCCAGCCAACCAACUCUGAAACAGGAAAGUAUGCACAGGGCUGAAACACCACAACCAAAACACUCCAGAGAAGAAAAGCCCCUGAUGGCGCCAAAGAACACGAAGCAUUCAUCUCCCUCCAUAUCCCAGCAACCACCUCAUAGUGUUGCCACAGCCUCUCGCUCUAGCCCAGCUCCCUCCCAGAGCUCUCACAUGUCACUGAACCCACACUUGUCCUCAGCCACACAGCAGCAGCUAGCUCAGCAGAUGAUCCAAUACCAGUGUGAGCAGUGCAAGCUGGCGUUCCCCUCAUUCGAACACUGGCAAGAACACCAGCAGCUGCAUUUCCUCACUGUCCAAAAUCAGUUCAUCCAUCCCCAGUUUUUAGACCGCCCCAUGGAUAUGCCUUUCAUGCUUUUUGACCCCAGCAACCCCCUGCUGUCAAGCCAGCUUCUCUCUGGGGCCAUGCCGCAAAUGUCAAGCAGCUCUGCCACUUCUCCCUCAACACCAACCUCCACCAUGAACUCCUUGAAGAGGAAGUUGGAGGAGAAAGCGGGCACCAGUCCAGGGGAGAACGACAGCACCCACAGUGGUGAGGAACCUCAGAGAGACAAGCGGUUGAGAACAACCAUUACACCAGAGCAGCUGGAGGUUCUCUACCAGAAAUAUCUUCUGGACUCCAACCCAACCCGUAAGAUGCUCGAUCACAUUGCCGCUGAGGUUGGACUGAAGAAACGAGUGGUGCAGGUGUGGUUCCAGAACACUAGAGCCAGAGAAAGGAAAGGGCAGUUCAGGGCAGUUGGACCAGCUCAGGCCCAUCGCCGCUGUCCUUUUUGCCGUGCCCUGUUCAAAGCCAAGACAGCCCUUGAGGCACACAUUCGUUCACGCCACUGGCAUGAAGCUAAACGUGCUGGCUACAACCUGGCUCUCUCAAACAUGCUGCCUGACACAGAGGGGCUGCAGAUGAAGAUGGACCCUUUGGAUAUCGCCAGCUAUUCUCACCUAAUGUCCUCCAACAACAGUGAUGGACAGUGUUCGUCUCUGUCACCUGUAAAAAACAUGGAUUUGUCCCCAAGGACCCUUAUGAGUCCCACAUCUAUUAAAGUUGAGGGAAUGGAGGACUUUGAAAGCCCAACAAUGUCCUCUGUGAAUAUGGGAUUUGACCCAAGCAAACUGGACAAUGACGAUUGUUCCUCUGUGAACACAGCUAUCACUGACACCACCACUGGUGAUGAGGCCAACGCUGACAAUGACAGUACAGAUAUCAAGCAUGGCCACAACAGUGACAUUAUGUCCAAAUCUGGAGGGACAGCAGCCUCCCUUGAGAAUGAGGACCAGAUGUCCUCAGGACUUGUCAGCCCUGCAACAAGCUAUUAUGCUAGAGAUUACGAGAAUGAGCACAUUGUGGAUCACAGUGAGACCUCGAGUCUGGCUGACCCCUGCUCUCCUAGCCCUGGAGCAUCUGGAAGUAAGAGCAUGAGCAUAGAUAGUGACAGACCUGGUCAGAAGCGCUUCCGGACACAGAUGACUAAUCUCCAGCUGAAAGUGCUCAAAUCCUGUUUCAACGACUACAGGACCCCCACUAUGCUGGAGUGUGAAGUAUUAGGAAAUGACAUUGGACUUCCAAAGAGAGUUGUGCAAGUCUGGUUCCAAAAUGCUCGUGCCAAGGAGAAAAAGGCCAAGCUCAGCAUGGCGAAACACUUCGGCAUCAACCAGACCUCCUAUGAGGGUCCCAAAACGGAGUGUACACUUUGUGGCGUCAAGUACAGUGCUCGCCUUUCAGUCCGAGACCACAUCUUCUCCCAGCAGCAUAUAGCUAAGGUGAGGGACACCAUUGGGAGCCAGCUUGACAAGGAGAAAGAGUACUUUGACCCGGCCACUGUUCGCCAGCUGAUGGCCCAGCAAGAAAUGGAUCGUAUCAAGAAAGCCAAUGAGGUAUUGGGCCUUGCUCAACAGCAAGCAAUGCAGCAACAGGGCAUGUUCGACAGCCCUGCCCUGCAAGCCCUGAACCUUCAGUCAGCUUACCCAAAUCUACAGGGAAUACCCCCUGUUCUGCUGCCAGGAGUUGGCAGCCCUUCCUUACCAGGCUUUAACUCAUCAAACUCAGCUUUAACUCCUCCGAAACCUCCAAACCUCCUGAACAUGCCUGGUGCCAGUGUCCCCUCACCAAGUCUCCCCACAUCCGGUUUGCCCAACAAGCCUCCAUCAUCUUCAUCAUUGGCCUCACCCAGCCCAGCUCAGGCCAGCACUUCCGUCGCUCACUCCAACCCCACAUCAAGCUCGACAUCCACAUCAACCACUUCACGUCCCAGCUCCCGACACGAACCAACCCCCAAAGAGCGUGAGGUGGAAAGACCACGGGAGAAGGAAAAGCCCAAGGAGAAGGUAGAUAAGUCUGCUACGCCCUCUUCCAUGGGGGGCACUCCAGCACCCACCACCUCCGCUGCCAGCGCCAAGAAGGAGAAACCAGACACAGCUGUUCCUGCCACGUCCAUGCCAACUCCUGGAAUGGAGUAUGUGGUAGACCCUGCCCAGCUCCAGGCCUUACAGGCAGCAUUGGCGUCUGACCCCACAGCCCUGCUCACUAGUCAGUUCCUCCCCUAUUUCAUGCCUGGCUUCUCCCCGUAUUACGCCCCUCAAAUACCCGGUGCUCUCCAGGGAGGAUACCUGCAGCCCAUGUACGGCAUGGAGAGCCUUUUCCCCUACAACCCAGCUUUAUCCCAGGCUCUUAUGGGGCUCUCCCCAGGGUCCCUGCUUCAGCAUUACCAGCAAUAUCAGCAGAGCCUGCAAGAGGCGCUGCAGCAGCAACAGCGGCAGCUCCAGCAAAUCCAGCAACCCAAAGCGAGCCAAACUCCUGUUCCUAACCAGUCCUCCGGGGACCGCAAAGAAACUGCCAAAGAGCCAGUGAAAUCAGAGGAAAAGAAAGGCACUCCCCCCAUUGAUACCUCCUCCUCAUCGUCUCACAAUAACCUAUCCACAGAGAAGCAUGAGAUGGAUGGCAAAGGUGCGGAACCCCUUCUCGACCAGUACAUCGUCCCCAAAGUGCAGUACCGGCUGGCGUGCCGUAAGUGUCAAGCUGUUUUCAGCAAGGAGGAAGCGGCCAUUAGCCACCUGAAGUCGAUCUGCUUUUUCGGUCAGUCUGUGGCAAACCUGCAAGAAAUGUUGCUUCGAGUCCCCAGCAGCGCGAGUGGAGCAGAGGGCAGUCUUUAUGACUGCCUGGCCUGCGACACCACACUAGAAGGGGACAAAGCUCUCAGUCAACACCUGGAGUCGGCCUUGCACAAACACAGAACAAUGAAGCGAUCAGCCAGAAAUGCCAAAGAGCAUGCUACUAGUUUAUUACCUCACUCUUCAGCCUGCUUCCCCGAUCCUAACACCGCAUCUACCUCGCAGUCUGCCACUCAUUCAAACAGCACCCCCACUCCCCCGCCAACGCCAUCAGCCGCCAUGCCGUCCUCUUCUGCCCCUUCAUCCUCAUGCUCAUCCUCCUCGACGUCCACCCCACUCAGCACCACAGCCGCCAGCAAACCCUGGCCCCAGGCCCCUUUCUCCAGAGCGUUAGCUGGAAAGCCCAAUGCCACUCCUUCCACAUUGUCAUCAUUUCCUCCAGUAUCCUCUCCUUCAACGGUUACCUCAAGUUCAUUGAGCACCUCAGGGGUUCAGACCUCGAUACCAACAGACGUCUUUACUGACGAGUCUGACUCUGAUAGCAGUCAGAAGUCGGCCGACAGACUGGGCAGGGCUGCGGAGGAGACUCAGCCCAGCUGUCUCAAAGACAGUAAUAGUUGUAGUACUCUUGCUAGUGUAGGAACAGACUCCAUCAGAUUGUAAAAGAGCUUUCAACGAUGAACAAUAUUUAAAAAAUCUAAAAGACAAAAAAAAGACAAACACAAAAAGAAAAAAAACAAAACAAAAAAGCAGCGAUGUUAAAAUAUGUUUAAAAGUAUACAAACCAAUUUCAAAAAAAGAUGUGUAAAGACUAACUGCAAUUCCAAAGCUUGUAACCAAAAAUUUAAAUGUUAGUGGAUUGUUUUCCCAUAUCAACAUGCUGGUUUUUGUUUAUUUCAACUUCAAAUAUAUAUAUAUACAUGUAUAAAUAAAUAGAGAAGAUCACUGCAGUUAAGUUUUGGCUUAUGAUAGAGGAAUGCUGUAUAGCAAUGGACUGCCUCAAAGUUGUUUUAAUGGCCCCCAAUCCCUGACACAAAGUACAAUUUAACAAGCUGUCCCUUGUUUGCAGAAGUAUUUCCAUAGCACAGUCAGCCAGUGUGUACUGUAUGGGAGAAUAGUCUUACAGUUUCUUGCGAUCUAAAACGUUCAAAUACCAAUGGCUUGCUUAAGUUAACAAAUGAUGUAACGUCUAUUUUAUUCUCAGGUCAACAGCUCACAAUUAUUUUCUGUUACAGAAAUUCAUCACUCUGUUUUUACUUUGUUCCAGACAUUUUUGUUUUUAAAGUUUGAUUUGACUGGCAGAAAGUAUUCAAACGCAAAAUGAAAGCAUAGCUUUCUGGGCAUUCAAAAAGGGUAGCUGAAUGGCUGGUUGAAAACAUUUAAAAAAUCUUUCACAUGAAAUUAGCACUCCCUCAUAACCCAGACACACAAAGCAUUGCAGACUUGGUGAUGGGGAUAAAAAAAAGAUUUUUUUAAAGAAAAAAACUCUGUAUUUAUGAUAGAUAUAAACAUUUUUGGUGUUAAGUAGAUUGUUGCAUUGGAAAUGAAUUUAAACAGUAUGGUAGACUGAAAACUCUUUGUGUACAUUUAGCUUUUGUAUUGUCCAACUUUAAGGCGCUUCAUUUGAUGUUGUCUUGGUCAUUCCAAUAGACUAGAUUAAGGAGCAGUAACAGAUCUAUACUUUAUUUCUGUCUUAUCCUUGCCUACCUGGCUAACGUUCACCCAACUGCCAAUAACUGACAAGGCAGGUUUCCCUUUUCUCUCAAGGGUUUUUUCUGUCUCCUUUUGGGUUGGUGUGAAUCCAACCAAAAACUAAAAGAAAUCUGAGGUGUUGAAAAAUAUUGAUUAUUUUUGUGUUACCUUUGUGCACUUACCACUGUCUGACUGUCCCUCCCCUUUUAUCCUUUUUUCUCUCUUUCUCUCCGUCCCAUGCCCUUUUCAUUUUUUCAAGCCUUGCCUUUGUAGAUAUGGAGAUAGUUACUUCUCCUUGUGCACUACAAAGCAGAUGUUUGUUUUUCAUAGUGUGGCUGCAGUCUGUUUAUGGCUUUAUUUUAUUAAUUUUUUAUGUCAUAUAUUAAAAUGAAAAAGAAUAAUAAUAAUAAUUCUCACGCUUUAAAAACAAAAGAAAAUCCAAAGACUAAACACUUUCACCAUUGGUGCAUAAAGAUGAGAAAAGAGGCUUCUUUAUACUUGAGAAUUUGUUGCUGUUUUUAAAGGAAAGAAAACAAAGUUUUAAAAUAAAGGAGUACGCAUCAGAGUUGCCGUUUUUGCUUCUUUGCAAGCAGACAGGUGGCUUUUUUUACGUAGGAUACCAAGAAUACCAAAAACCAAAAAAGGGCCCUUGUCCUUACAUUGUGGAGUAGCACCGUUACAGAGCCAUUGCAGUUUGUAAGAUAGAGGUUAAAAAGCUCUCUCUAUUUUUUUUCCUGUCACACAAUUUUUGGUUUCAUUGUUUGUUUUUAAAGAAAUGUAUAAGGUCUGGUCUUUGAGGACAUAUGUUUUGCUGCUAAUGUAGAUUUUGAGAAGAAAAAAAAAUACCUAGAUGCAUGCUCAUUUUGUUUUUUGGCUAAGCUUUAAUGAAAAGACAAACAAUAAACCAUCUCCCUGCCUCUGCGA